AUUUUCUGUAGUCUUUUGUAGAUACAAAACCUGGGCGCUAGAUGGCAGAGGUUUAUAAAGUCAACCGUUAGUUAUUCCAUGGUUUGUUUACGCUUGUCACAAUGGCGACCAUCUCUGAAUUGAAGAAUGCUGUGAGGGAGACACUGGAGUCCCGUGGUGUACUGGGCCAGCUGAAGGCUCGGAUCCGAGCGGAGGUGUUCAACGCCCUGGAUGAGCACCGUAGUGCGAGGCCAUCGUUGUCCCAUGAAAACCUGCUGAUAAACGAGCUCAUCAGGGAGUACCUGGAGUUCAACAAAUACAGGAACACAGCCUCGGUGCUUACAGCAGAGUCGGGCCAACCUGAAACUCCCUUGGACAGACAGUUUUUGGCCACUGAGCUGAGAGUUUCUGAGGAUGCAAGCUCCAAAACUGUACCUCUGCUCUAUGGACUGGUUUCUCACUUCCUGAAAAGCAGUGAUAACAGAGGGAAGGUUUUGCUGCGAGGUGCUGCUGUGAGUGUCUCAGCUCCUGGACACGACUCAUGAAAUGAUCUGACAUGCAGCUGGUGACCUGUGAUGCUCAUGGACUUGGAUGCUUUGGCUCUCCAAGGAAGUCUUCACCCCACUGAAUACAACUUGUUGCCUCUUUUUUGCUUUAUCUACAAGGAUUGCAGAAUGAAAUAUCUAAACCCAGGGUGAAUAAAUAGUCUUUGUGUAGCUUUUAUAAGUUGUCAAAAUUUAUUUUUUACAAAGAUUUGCGAACAAUAAAUGUUGCAUCAGUGAAAA